AUGAUUCAGAGCGGCGCAGCAGUGACCUUUGUUGCCGUCGGCUAUGGUAGAGAGACUUCGUCUCGGCAGGCUCAACCAUGCCACAAAGAAGCUAAUGCGUCCCCCAGAAGCGACGCACAUUGUCUUUGCCCUGGCAAUGUGACAAAUAUGCAAGGGCUACCGGCUAGAGGACGGAGCCGGUUAAACAAAAAGUCUCAGAAAGGCCGUGUUGACAUAUGCUGUGUACAGGAGACUCGCUUUAAGGGCUCUAAUUCAAGGGAAUUAUGGGAUGGCUACAAGCUCAUCUACCACGGCACAUCAAGUCGUAAUGGUGUCAUAUUGAACGAGAAGUUCAGAAUCGGCGUCACAACAGUGGAUCGACUAUCGGAUCGCCAAGUGGCUGUUAAAAUAGACAAAUAG